AUGCGCUUCAGCCAUACCCGAAGCGCUGCAUCUGAUCAUUUCGUCGAUCUGAUAGAUGCUGUGGCUCUGCCUCUUGACUUGCCCGCUGACCUCGACUCGCUCUGUGGUGGCGAGGUAGCCGGCGAUCAGUUUCACGGCUCUUUCGAAGCCGAAGCCGCUCUUGCUGAUCGCCAUGUCAGCCCUAUUGUCUUCACCGUUGUAUCCGUUUACUACCUCUCCGACCUUGAGUCGGGCCGCGUGGGCAAGGCGGGCUGGUGA